AUGGUCAAAAUAUCAGUGCUACAGCACGCGCCGGCCGCGCAUCUACCUCAGCGACCAGGAGACCCCACACCAACUUCUCGCAAUUUGGACCCCCUCAUGCAUCCGUUUGCGCGUGCGCGGGAACGUAUGCGAGCUCUCAAUGCAGCCAAAAUGGAGCGUAUGUUUGCGAAGCCAUUCGUAGCGGGACUGGAGGGACAUGUUGAUGCUGUGGAGACAAUGGCUCGUAAACCGGAGAGCCUUGACAUGGUCGCAAGUGGGAGCUGGGACGGAGGGCUGAUUCUACACGAUAUCUCACGCCGCACCCGAGUCUUGCAUGUGGAUGGUGCACAUCAAGGCAAAGUGUCGGGGGUCUGCUUCGCAGAUAGUGACAGGCUACUGAGUUGCGGCGUUGACCGCAAUGUCAAACUAUGGAACAUCCGGUCAUCAUCAGAUGACGACCAAAACGAGGCUGGACCCUCAUCGGGUCAGAAACCCCUUAGCGUCUUUCCAGGAAAGACUGCUUUUAACUCGAUAGAUCACCAUCGGUCUGACCCGCUCUUUGCUACUGCCUCCAACAUCGUCCAGGUAUGGGACGAAACAAAGAGCGCCCCCAUCUCAAACCUCACCUUCCCGACUUCCACGGAAACCAUCUCAGCCGUGCGCUUCAACCUGUCCGAGUCCUCUGUCCUCGCGAGCAUAGGCUCAGACAGGACAUUCACGUUGUAUGACAUACGAACAGGCAAGGCGGAGCGCCGGGUGGUCAUGCAGAUGCGUAGCAACUCGCUUGCAUGGUCGCCGACGUUUCCAACGUUGCUUUUGCUUGCCUCUGAAGACCAUAACCUAUAUACGUUCGAUAUUCGCGCCCUCAAAACGCCUUCACAAAUAUACAAGGCACAUGUCGCGGCCGUAAUGAGCUGUGACUGGAGUCCCACCGGCACCGAGCUAGUGAGCGGUGGUUGGGAUCGAACUAUUCGAAUAUGGAAAGAAGGUGUCGGUACAGCGCCUGAGGUGUACCACACCAAGCGCAUGCAGAGGGUCACGUCAACCAUCUACACAGCUGAUGCUCGCUACGUACUGUCCGGGUCGGACGAUGGCAAUGUGCGGAUAUGGAAAGCACACGCGUCAGAGAAGCUGGGCAUUGUCACUGCGCGUGAGCGUGCCGCGAUCGAGUACCGGGACACACUCAAGGAGCGAUGGAAGAUGGACGCGCAAGUAGGGAAGGUGUCACGGAGCCGACACAUCCCGAAACCAGUUUACAAGGCCGCGCAGCUUAAGCGCACCAUGUUGGAGGCUCGGCAGGUCAAAGAGGAGCGCAGGCGAAAGCAUACCAGGGCAGGAGAGACGAAGCCAAAAGCAGAGCGGAAGAAGGUCGUCGUUGCAGAGCAGACGUAG